AUGACAGACUGGAUAGUAGAGACAUAUGCAGUCAAUGUUGGACUAGGAGAUGGAACUAUAUAUCUGCUGGUGAAAGUUGAGAACAAUGCUCGGAGUAUCGAAUCAGCAGUUCUGAUUGAUGGUGGAACUGAUAAGGGAGCCAUUCACCUCCAAACGGCAAUCAAUGACAUCAACAAGAUUUACUACCCCAAUAACAAUGGCCACCUUCGGUUCAACGCCAUCGUCGUCACCCAUUGGGAUGAAGAUCAUUACAAGGGAGUUGAGGCUCUGAUACGUGCCCACAUAUCCAACAUGUCGAGUUGUGAUAUCAUGUAUCCGUACCCGCAGCCGGAUGAUCAGAGUACACCAAGGACUACUUUUUACUGCUCGAGAUUGGGGUUCAACGGGAAAGGCGUUUCGCUCAAGCCAAACAAUACUACAGCGAUCAUGGGAAAUGUGCGCUAUCAGUAUAUGGCUGGGCUUAAAAGUGAACCCCUCUGCUACUUCUGGAAGGGUGAGACAUGCCUCGGCAUUGAUCUUUUCUCGGGAAAGCAAAUCGCCGAGGCCGAAGUUGGGCAGACGAUCCCAAAUAUCAUUGCGCACGGCGAUAUCCAACCGGCCAAUCGACCUCGCCUCCUAGUGGUCGGCAUCGAUAAAGAGUUGAUCAAUAAGGUCAAAUAUGAAAAGCGUCAAGGAGGUACGGAGGCAAAUGCGUCAUCCAUGAUGUGUCUCCUCUUUACUCCUAUCGAGGCUCACGAUCAUGCAAUGCUUGACCUUUACGCCGGCGGCGAUGCAGAGGACGAACAAGAGCAGGUCUUGUGCAAUUUCUUACACGACAGCGAAAUAGUGAAGCUUCAGGUCAUCAAGGCUGGCCACCAUGGUUCCAAAUAUGCGACAACAGAGAGGUUCUGGGAUCUUGAGCCAGAAAUGUUUCUCAUAUCCGCUGCGGAAGACUAUGGCCAUCCCAGCUUUUCCCUCUUGUUCUACAUCAUGGCAUAUUUUGACAUGUGGGCGCAGCGGAAAGAUCGUCUGUAUUGCACGAGAUUUCCUUAUUGGAUGACCAAGAGAGCAGGCGAUGCUCUUAUCAAUACCAAGGAUCUAGACAUUACAUCAGUCCUUGAUGAAGCAGUUACACAGCUACGAGGCGCAAUCGAAGGCCAUACUUGGGUUGGAGUGAUAGAAGCUUGGUUUCCAGGAGCGACCCAGGCUAUUCAAGACGCCUAUGGAAUAAUGUCUGCAGAUCACCUGGCAGAAUUCAAGCGGCGGCGCAAGGCGAGCGACAUCUCGGAUGCAAAUAUGGAUGACCAUAUAAACAAAGGCGGGGAGCAGCUAGUGAAGGCUUGGGGAACGAUCCAAAACCAGGCUAUCGAACAAAUGAUAUCGCAGUGGCCGGCCUUUGGCAACCCCAAGUUUCCUCACUUCAAGUUUUCAGACACGGAAUUCCACACCGAAACCGCCUACAUACGCAUGCGGUUUCAUCAAGAUGAGGAACCAGCAGCCGAGGUCAUUACAUUUCUCCAAGCGCAAGAGUUGAAUGCUUUCAAAACCAGGUUUGUCGACGGCCGAGUAGCGCCAGAUCCUGCAAUUUUGAAAGACGUCGUAGAUAAGUUGUCUCAUCGCAUCGCAAACCCUCAGCAGAUUCAACAAUUCUCCUUGGCCGCAACACAAACGCAGGCAGCCUUUAACAACAUGGGAACCCAACCAGGCGGCGCGUCUUUCAUGAUGAUGGAGGCCACUUCAAAAUGGGAUAGCCAGCUAUUCGCAGAGGAUCCAAAGGCUGCGGCUGCAAACAACUUCUUUGCAAAUGGUUUGCCUACAGAAGGGAUCGAGCCAGGUGCAUCGAAAUCUUUCCAGAUUGAGUCCAGCACGAAUAAUCUUAAAUGGUUGAAGGAAAGCUUUGGUGCUACCGAGGCCGAGUUUCAGUUCUUCAAGAAUAUGAGCGAGGUUCUGUUUGCAGCUGAAGCAUUGGUCACAUUAUCGAAUGGAACCCGCAGUCUACGCUUCUCUUCGCGCAGCGAUGAUAUCAAGGUACAGUUCGGCAAUGGUGCGCCAGAGAGAACUAGGAGUGAUGGCUACAACCGUGACAUUGAGGGCAUUAUCCUUGCACUUACCGGCUCGGACAAGCUUAAAAUGGGAAUGGGUGAGUUUCUGAAGACACUUGCUCCGGAAUCCAAUGUCAGUUCCUGGUUGUCUCCCAUACUCGAUCUGGGCGGUGAAUUGCUUGAGUUUGCAGAAGACCCUGAGCAUCCGAAGAAAAACGGUCUCUGGAUACACCCUCAACUCAACAACCGUGUGAUUUUAAGACUCGAGGCACAGCUUCAGCAAGCUGCCGUCGAAAAAAUGCAAGAGUUCUUCAAAAAGCAUGUUGGAGAAAUCAAGUUUGGCCAGAUGCGAAUCAUCGGAGUGUCGACGGCUAUCUGCUCGAGUCUACCACCUGCAGUGAAGAAACAGCAACGCCUGAAAGAAGAGGGCUACAAACUCGACCGUACUUGGAAAUUCACCCUUGUCGGAGAGGUUACAGCAGGACUCAGUCCCGACCCAACGACAUUCAUUACCAGCAUCAGCAAUGAGUCAUUCACCUUCACCUUGCGACUUGCCAAAGGCACCACAGUGACUGAUGUCGUGAAGUGGAUCGCGCAGCGCUUCAAAGACAACAACGGGGAUGGGGAGGAAAACGCCGCCGAAAAAAGCGUCUCGGACCUGAAAAGUGUUCUCGAAAACAUUGGAUCUUCAAUUCUACCUCGUCAAGUGUCGAUAACGGUGGGCCAAAAGGGAUUGCUUGCCUUCCAGAUCGACAUCGAGAUUCCUUCUACCCUAGGCGCGGAGCCUGACAACCACGUCUCUUUCCACGGCCAACUCCUCUGGACACCCAGUAACACAAAGGUUGUAGCUGAGAUAUGGAAUCCAGGUAGAGAGCCAUUGAUCGGUGGGGAUCUGAAUCCAUAUUUUGACGAAUACGAACUUUUGAAGCCCGACGAUGCCUCCGGGCUCCAGGAUCACAUAUCCAUCCCGCAUCUCAUGGACAGAACGAACCCGGUCAAACUUCCAAAAGGUCUUCCUGAUCAAAUAGACCGAGCUGGCAUUGAGAUUUCCGUUGGGAAGAUCAGUUCUUUGCAUCUGAGUACAAAGCUGGCCUGCUCGAUGUCGACACCACAGAACGAUCAAGAGGUGCCUCCGCUUAUGCUCCAGGAAGUCCUUUUUGUUUACGAUCAUUUCUUCGGCAAGAAUGCCGAAAAGAAGCUAUACUUUCGGGCCGUCGUCGGCCUGGAACCCCCGCCAUACUUGACGGGGUUCCGAGCUCAUGCGAACAUUGGAGUUUCGGUUCUAUACAAUUCUAUUGACGGAAAGAGUAACUGGACGCUGGAAGCCGAUGCAACGGGUCUUGAGGUGGCACACUUAUACACUAUGCUACCUCGAGACGGCUCCAACCAUGCCAUCAUGAAUUUCAUGUCUGGCAUAAAGAUUUCAGAAAUGAGUGCCACUUACGAAUACAACUCGGCUGGGUCGCCAAGCAAACUCACGAUAGGCGGAGCAUUGCAGAUCGGCCCGGUGCAGCUCAAACUAGACUACUGGCACGCUGGCUCUGAAUGGCAUUUUGGUGCAAGCGUAACAGCAGGGCCAGAGUAUAAAGAUAAGAAAACCUCAAUCAAAGAGCUUCUGAGCGACUUGACCAAUGUCGAAACAAUGGAGUCGGUCCCCGAGUUUAUUCAAGACUUCCAAAUUCCACUAGAAAAGUUGAUGGUCGAGCUCCAAUGCUUCAAGGCAAGCGUUGGCGAAGGGGUGACAGCCGUCAAUUAUGUCGUCUUUGUCUUCGAGGUAACCCUCGGAGACUUUUCCAUCACCUUUGCACAACUCCAAGAGCGUAGCGGUGCCUUUCCGAAAGGCUCGAACAAGAGCAAGCCAAAGAGAUUUUUGCGAAUGUCUCUCUCCGCUUUCCCCAAAGUGGACAUUCCGAUUGUGCAUGAACUACCAAAGCCUUACGAUGCCUUGGAAUUUCUCUGGGUCAGCGAAGGUAUCACUCUCGACGAAGUAAUCCUGGUCAAUACGCACGCAUUCAAGGAUAAGCCGCAGCUUUGCUAUCAAGAACACGCCAAAAAAGAGGGUUCGACAGUGGUGCUCACUGCCGGCUGUCAUUUCCAGAUCAUAUUGAACGAGCAGAACGCACCAAAAUGCAUUCUGGACUACGGAUUCAACGGGGCCAAAUCCCAGAAGUCUGCUGGGCACAGCGCAACACCCGCGGCUGGCACCAAUAUCAAGGCUGUGAAGGCACUUCCAGGAGCCGAUCAAGCCGGUGGUACCAAGUCCGCGCCCCUCACACGCUCGGCCAAGGGCCUCACGAUUCGUAAUAUCAGCUUGAAGAUGAAGGACAAGGGAACUCUCAGCAUCACUUUGGAUGCGCUCGUUGCUUUGGGGCCGCUGGCCUUCAAUCUUAUAGGGUUCUCCGUGAAGUUAGACCUGAGCAGCUUCAAGGGCAUCGAUUCGUUGGCAAAUAUCAAGGCUUCUUUUGAUCUGUCCGGAAUGGCAGUGGCUUUCUCAAGGCCGCCUGCGACACUUGCCGGAAUGUUUGUCCACGAAGAUCUCGGCCACGGCCUCAGCAGGUAUAUGGGUGGCCUCGCCGUUGGUAUGGGCGUGUGGGAGUUCCUCGCGGCUGGCGUAUACGAAGAGAAAGAUGGCUACAACUCGGUCUUCGUCUUUGCAAAACUAAACGGUCCGCUUAUAUCAUUCGGCUUCGCAGAAAUCAAUGGCCUUGUAGGCGGAUUUGGAUACAACUCGUCCAUCAGGUUCCCAUCCGAGACCGAAGUCAAUGACUUCCCGUUUGUACAAAUCAACACGGGGAAGCAAAACGCGGCCGGUGAUAUCAUGAAACAAUUCGAGGCUCUGACGAGCAAAGAAUCUGGUGGAUGGUUUUCUGCCAAGAAAGAUUCAUACUGGCUCGCCGCAGGAUUGGGGGUCAAGGCAUUUCAAAUGCUUGACAUACAGGCAGUCGUGGUCCUCGACCUAUCACCAAAUCCCAAAUUUGGAAUAUUUGCAGAGGCCGUCGCGCGAGUGCCCAAAGGCGCUGACGAAGAUAACGCUUUCUUGUUUACAGACCUGACCAUUGCAGCGACGUUUGAUCCGAGUGUAGGCAUACUGAAAGUUGCAGGCGCACUAACGCCACGGUCUUACAUUCUUCACAAAUCCUGCAAGCUCACCGGUGGUUUUGUAUUGGCAUACUACUUUCCCGCAUCCGGACAUGACGGGGACUGGGUUUUCUCCCUUGGCGGGUACCAUCCUUCGUUCCGCGUCCCGGAUCACUAUCCACCUGCGCCGCCCAGACUGGGCAUCUCAUGGAUCUACAAUGACGAAAUAUCGAUCACUGGGGAGGCCUAUUUUGCCAUCACACCGCAGGCCUGUAUGGGAGGUGGCAGGCUCGAUUUGGCCUAUAGAAGCGGACGGACACGUGCGGGUUUCAGCGCCUACGCAGACUUCUUAAUCUACUACGAUCCGUUCCAGUUUGAGGCUCGUGUCGGCGUCAGUGUUUACGUCUCCAGUGUCAUUGGCUGGGGCAUUCUGAGCAAGGAGAUAUCGUUGGAAGUCAGCGCGGAUGUGGACUUGUACGGUCCUCCGCUGGCUGGCGUGGCACACAUUCACGUAUGGUUCAUUGACUUUUCUGUCCACUUCGGUCCGUCGAAGCGCACGUCUCCUAGAUUGGACUGGGAAAAGUUUCACAAGCUGUUCAAUCCUGCGCUGGAUCAGGGAGGAGACGAACACAUCGUAUCAAUUCUCAAGGGAAGAAUUACGACACGGCAUGAUCCCAAAAUCGAUUCGCCUACAGGAGGAGCCUCCGACGCAUCGCAGAGCGUGCAAUCAGCGUUCGUGCGUGGAACUCAGUUGGAGUUGCAGGUCGAGCUCCGUUUCCCCAUUUCAACUUUGGUGAUGAAUAAGAAUUCUCAGGAUGUCGCAGGGGUGGCGGGUAGAGUGAAUUCGACGCCGAUGCAGAUAAAUCAAGGGUUCAACAAGUCUGAGCUAGACAUUACCAUCGAUCUACUUGUCGCGGAUAAACGAGAAAGGGUCAAUAUGGAUAUCGAGCAUCUAGUCAAAAACGUCCCAGGAGCGUUGUGGAAUCCGUUUGACGAGAAUAGGUCCAUGCUGGAUCAGCCGAACACCCAGAGUCAUCUCAUGGGCGUCAAACUGAAGGCUCCAAAGGCGGAGAUUUCGAAGGAGAAUCUCCCCGAAAUCAACACGGAGAAAUUCGAUUGCAAACCAAUUGAUGGCGGUAGGCACAAAUUUCCCAAGGUAGCUAUUCUAGAUCAAAAGAGCGUACCAGGGGCCUCUACAGGCGUGGAUUUUGCCCAAGUGACUACUGAUAUAUUGGAUCAAUGGGAAGACUUGAGACGUCGAUUCACUGGGGGUGGAGUAGCUGUGAAUUGA